AUGAUACUGUGUUCCUUUUUUAGUACUACCAACCCCAACUCCAACCAUCUGAGCUUGGCGAAGUUUGCGUUCAAUAUCUAUGGAACAUUAAAUCAUUCUAAUUCUAAUUCUUAUGAAAGUAGUACAUCACCAGCUUCAUCAUUUAGUUCUAAUAGAUCUAAUUCAAAAAUCCCUGAAACUUUUGAUUAUCGAUCGAAUAAAUUAAUAUAUAAUUGUGAACGAGAAGUUAUAACAUUAUCUCAAUUAAAUUAUCCAUUAAAUAAUUUAUCAAAUACAUUUCCCUCUGAUCAUGCAAUAUCUCAUCAUGUAAUUGUUGGAGGUAGAAAUUAUUUAAGAUUAUUAGCAUUAAAUGAAGAUCAAUCUAGAAUUAUUCAAGAUAUUAAUAUAUUAGAACCCAAUACUUCUCAAUAUAGUUCAAGGGUUACUAGUGGGAAUAAAUUAAAUAAUAUAAAUACUAUUAAAAGUCAUCAUGAUAUUAUAGCUAGUGGAUUAUCUAAUGGAUUAAUUAAUGUAUUUAAAAUUAGUCCUAAUGGGAAAUCUCGAUUAAUUAAUAAAUUUUCUGAUCAUAAACGUUGUAUAAAUUCUUUAGAUUUUAUAACUUCUGGUUCACCUUAUGAACCAUCUAAUUUAUUAAUUUCAGGUUCUCAAGAUGGUUCAAUAAAAUUAUGGGAUUUAAGAUCUUCAACUCCUCGUCCAGUGGUAACUAUUAUGUCAAGUUCUCAUUCUGAUCCUAUUAGAUCUUGUCAAUAUUCUCCUCAUUCUUCAAGUCGUAAUAGAAUUACUAUAUUAUCUGUUCAUGAUUCUGGUUCAUUAUGUAAAUUUGACGUAAGAUCUGGUGGAGGUCAAAAUGUAUUUACACCAGAACGCAAAUGGAAUCUUCAUACUGGUCCAGCAUUAUCAUUACAUAUUCAUCCGGAAAAACAAUAUGUUUUAACAGGAGGUAGAGAUCAAAAAUUAUGUAUUUGGAAUUAUAGUGAUUCAAAUCCUUCAUCAAAUAGAGUAACUCCUGAACAUAUCAUUAAUACUUAUGGUCCAGUAAUGAAAGUUAGAUGGAGUCAAUAUCCAUCGCUUAAAGUUAAUGAUGGAAUGUAUGAGAAUUCUCAACAACUUGAUGAUAAAUUAACCUAUGAAGAACGAGAAGCAUUCUAUUCUACUUCCAAUUCCAACUCCAAUUCCAAUGCCAAUUCUAAUCAUUUAGGAGGUAAUCCACUAUACAAUUAUGAUUUUGCAUGUCUGUAUUUAAAUGAUGAUCCAACCAUUACUGUAUACAAUCUUAAUAGAAAGUAUAUUCCCAAAGAAGUUAUAACUUCAGCCACCACUAAACCUUUUCAAAAUUUUAUUUGGCCAACUACUUCAACCCCAUCAAGAAAAUUAUGGACAGUUACUAAAUCUAAUGUAUUUACAACUUAUGAUCUUGAUAAUCAAGAUGGAUCAGCUGAUCAUGAAAUAUCUCGACCAUUAGAUGAAUUAAGUACUAGUACAUUAACUUGGAAUAAUGGUAUAGGGGAUUUUUGUUUUGUUAAUCAAGAUAAGUAUGAAUAUGAAAUGACAGAUAAUGAAUCAUCAUAUACUAGUGAAAAUGAUGAAUUAGAUGAAUUAUCUACUAAUCAUAUAGAUCGAAGUAAUAAUAAUAGUGUUGUAGAAGAAGAUGAUUAUAAUUCAUAUGAAGAUAUUGAAAUUAAAUUAGGAUCUUUGCCAACUCCAAUUAUAAAUUCUGGUAGUAAUUCUGUUACUUCAUCAUCCUUUGAAAAACCAGGGUUAUUUAGAUCAAAUACUCAUUAUUCAAUAAAUUUUACAAAAUCUCCAUCUCCAGUUCCACGAUCAGGAACUUUUAAUAGUUUACAAGAUCCUCCAUCAUCUAUAACAAGACCAAAAUUACAAAGAAAUGCAUCGACUAAUACUCAAGAUUCAAAUUUAUCAUUUGGUUCAACAGUUCAUUCCAAUAUGACUCCUACUAGAAAGGGCAAAAGAAUUUCUUAUGGUUCAACUUCAACUUAUUUAUCUCCAUUUAUUGUACCUAUAAGUUUACCUAUUCCAAGUAAUGAUUCAUCUGUAUUUAAUGCUUUAGCUAAUAAUUAUUUAAUAUCAAUACCUGAAGGUUUUAAUUUAAUUGAUGUAUGUCUAUUAAAUGCUAGUAUAGCAGCUACAGUUCGAAGACUACGUGAAUGUCAAGUAUGGAGAAUGUUGGCAGUAGCCCUUGAAGAAGAACAUAUCUAUUCUCCUUCAAUUGAAGGUAAUGAAGAAGGAGCAUUAAUUAAUGAACAAACACCAGAUGAACAAUAUAAUAAUAAAGAUAAUAAAUCCAUUCUGUCUGAUCUUGGCAAUUUUGUAGGAUCUUAUAAUUCUAAUUCAACUCAAACAACUAAUUAUGGUGGUCAUAGUGGGAAGAGUCAGAGUGUAGAAUCGUUAAAUUUAAAUAAACAAUCUCAAGAGAAGAUUCCAAUCCGUUCAGGUAGUAUAUCAUCUAAACCAUCCUUAACUAAUUUACUUAAUAAAAGUAGAGGUAAUAGUUUUUCUAAUAUACUAGGAAUUAGUCCUGAUAUAGCUAGUUCAUUUUUAAGAAAGGAUUCAGAUAUUGGUGAUGAAGAUAAAACUGAAAGUGCCGUAGUGGAUGAUGACGAACCAUCUACAGUUAGUGCAAGUUUACAAGGAUCUAAAGUUCCAUCACUAAUAAAUUUGAAUAAGUCCGAACAUUCAGCUCCCAUUAGUAUUCAACCACAAUCCCAACCUAAAGAUUCCAAUUCCAAUUCCAAUUCCAAUUCCAGAAGUUCUCAUAAAUAUUCCUUUACUUCUCAAAGAAGACCAACCUUUACUCUGUCAGAAGAUUUAGAUAAUGAGAAUUUAAAUAUUUUAAAUAAUGCUGCAAAUAAUAAUUCUAGUCCGACAUCUAAUGUCGCAUUUUUGCAACUGGGGGGUAGUCCGAAUUAUUUUAAUCAAAUGCAUCAUCACCUGCAUGCGUCAUUUCUGUCCAGAAGAAGUUCUAUUAUUCAAUCAUAUGGAUUUGGAAGAAUGAGACCAUCACCAGGUAGUGGUACUCAAAUUAUGAGAGAUGAAUUUCUGUCGAAACUGGUAUUAAAUGAAGUUGAAGAAGAAGUGUUAAGUGAGAAAAAUACUGUAAAAUCAGAACUUACUCGAGCUUUAGAAGCUAAAGGUAAAGGUACUGCUACUGCUACUGGUACUGAAGAUACCAAUACUUUAUUUAAAGCAUGGAAAUUAAAGAAUUUAUUAAAGGAAGCAUUAGAUUAUUCAUCUCAACAAGGUGAUAUUGUAUUUUGUUCUACCGUGGCAUUACUUUUCCAUGAACAAUUCUCCGAUAUAAUAAGUGAAGAUAUUGCUCUUGAUUGGAUUUCUUUAUAUAUAGAAAUCCUUCAAAGAAAGAAACUUGAUGUUAUAAGUGCAAAUGUUAUUAAUUGUACUCCAAGAAAUUUACGAAGUAAAAUUAAAGAAUUAACUAUAAAAGAUGUUGAUCUUCGAUUUUAUUGUUGUUGGUGUGAAAAGCUUUUAGUUAAUGAACAAAGUAAAAUGAAAUUUCAAAAGAAUAAUAACAAAGAAGAAUUUGGUUAUUGGUAUUGUGAUGAAUGUUGUAAAAAGCAACUGAAUUGUAUAUAUUGUCAUGAACCAUGUAAAGGGUUAACUAUUGUGGUAAGUUUAAAGUGUGGUCAUAGAGGACAUUUUGGAUGUUUAAAGGAAUGGUUUGUUGAAGAAGAGAAUAUAAUAUGCCCUGGAGGCUGUGACUAUAAUAUAUUAUAG